AUGAUUAGACGAGAUGAUCAUCAAAUACUUAUGAGUGAAAGCAAAAAAAACUCCAAUAACCUCACUAUACUGGAUAAAUGUUCUUCUAACGUCGAUACGGCAUUAAGCAUGAGAAGCUCUUGGGAUGAAGAAGAACCACAGAAAAAAAAUGAUGAAUAUGUGUUUGUUCGAACUAAAGAUGGCAGUGAGGUAGUUUUCAGUCGUCGGGCUUUAGCUGAUGAAAGUUACUACUUUCGUGCAUUGUUCUCUAAUGAUUUCCUAGAAUCACAUGAUACUUUCAUAAACUUACCUGGAAUAGAUGGCAAUCUUUUUUUCAAAGCCCUGAAUCUCAUUCCAGUCAUUCAAGAAAACGUCCAGCCAGAUAUUAGCUUAAGCUGUGCUAUGCAGCUUCUUCCUGUUGCUUCUUACCUAUGCAUGGAUAAUCUUCUUGUAACAUUGUCAAAAAUCGUACAAGAAAAAGUAACUCCGCGAUCAAUUGUGGAGCAUUUUCGGAAAGCAAGUUUCCAUUACUAUCCUUUGGCUACAUCUCUGUGGAAGAAGAUAAUUCACGAGUUUCAAGUGAUUUUUGAAACGAACAAUUAUUUGAAGCUAAAUGAAGAAGAGUUUGUCGAAGCUUUCCAAGAUGAACAUCUCAAUAUAUCCGCCAAGGAUGAACUGAAAGCUAUUCAUCUUUAUAUUGCAAAACGCCCGAAUAUUGAUGAAAGUAAAGUUGAAGAGCUUUUGAAUCAUAAAAACCAAAUGAAAGUUGGAGAUGGAUCGUCACACUUCCCUGUUUUAAAAGAUAGAGUACCCAGCAAUGUUGUUAUGGCUUUUGGUGGUUGGAGCAGUUACGGAGCUACAGAAGUGGUCGAAAUAUUCAAUACUCGAAGGGAGAAAUGGGACCCUGUAGAGCAUCCUGAAUUCAAACAAGACAAACCUCGUGCAUACCAUUGUAUCACAGCGUUUGAUGACUCCUUGUUCGCAUGCGGUGGAAUGAAUGGCAGAGAGUUUUUCGAGCAUUCGGGAAAGUAUAAUUUGGUCACUAAAACGUGGAGCGCUGCAGCUAACAUGCAUGAACGACGCUGUUACUUAGGAGGCGCAAGUUUUCAAGAUUCGAGUGGUGCUAACCAUGUUUUUGUUGGUGGAGGAUUCAACGGGAGUUCCCGUCUUUCGUCUUGUGAAAUUUAUGACGUUCAGAAGGACAUAUGGAGGAAAACUUGUCCCAUGAAUAGGAAAAGAUCUGAUUUUGCCCUAGUGAAAGUUGGAGGUUACAUGUACGCGAUUGGUGGAUUUGAUGGAAAUAAUAUCCAUAACGACGUUGAGUUUUUCGAUCAGGAGAAAGAGCAAUGGUAUUCUGCUGGGUUUCGCAUGAAAUCAGGAAGAACAGGCGUGAAUGCUGUAUCCGUAACUGAUAACACUAUAGUAAUCUGUGGGGGAUACAAUGGCAAGUCAAGGCUUCGUUCAGCUGAACUAUAUGAUAGAAGAGAUUCAAAAAGUUACACACUAAGCUCAAUGUUAACUACCAGAUCUAACUAUGGUAUGGUAUGUUUCGAAGACAAAAUAUAUGUUGCGGGCGGCUUCGAUGGCAUCCGUACUACUGCACAUGUAGAAAAGUAUAGUAUAAGAGCCGGGAAAUGGAUGGUGUUACCUGAUUUGAAAACGCCGAAGUCCGCUCUGAAACUUCUUCAUAUGGAUAAUGUAGAACAUAACCGCUUUUUAGUGAAUUUUGAUUGUCCGGGAAACUAA